CACAAGUGCUUUUAAAGUGGAAUGAUGGGAAUGAGUGCAACCCAAUCUAUCUCUGAGGAAUGUCGCAAGCAGUCAGAAGAUGGAGAAUUCUGGUGAAGACAGUCACACCGAUUGGUUUCCACUUCUAUAACUAUGGACAACAUCAUUAUUAAAACACCAGGAUCCGUGAUACUUCACCAUUGCGGAACAACACGUGAAACACAUGUUGGUGAGAGCAACCUCUCUCUGUCAGGACUGACUUUGGCAGGCUCUUGCUAUAAGGCAGAGGCAAGUCUGCUUAAGCUCUUGGUACCAAGGACUGAGGAGUCAUCAUAUGUCCAGGGAGAAGUUGAAGCCACAACACCUGAACUUGAGGAAAGUGAUAAAAAGCCACAACACAUAAAAAAAUAUAAUACAGCGAUGGCAGAGCCAGUGGAUAACUACAAUCCAGGGAGCUUAAAUGACAUCUAUAUCUCAAAACGAAGUAUCAGGAAGGCUUUCAUCAGCAAAAGGCACUAUCUCCCUUACAUAGCCUCAGAGAAAGAGAGCAACAGCAGCCUUGGAGGAGCUCCUGGCGUCUUCACACUGUCCAGUGAGCAGGAGGAAACCAGCUCGUCCAUGGCUUGUUGUCCCGACUUGCUGCUCUGCAUUAAAACUGAGCCUGUGGAGUGUUACCUGUCUGACAAGUUCGCCGAGCUCUCCCCAAGAGACCAGUCACCGGUUGAGGUGAAGCCAUGUUUAACUGUCCGGUCUGGCGACAGUGAGGUGGCCACAGAGACCCAUGAGCUGAGUGACACGUCCAGGGUCAUGCGCCCCCGCAAAGCAAAGCAACGCAAAAAUCAAGCGAAGGUAAAGAGACACCGCAAGAGGUUUGAUCACUCAAAAGAACAGGCUGAGCGCUUAAAUGAUGGUGAGAGCCCCCAGAUAGCCCGGGGUGAUGAUGAUGAUGAUGAUGAUGGCGCGGCGUCAGAUGGGCGCGUGGAAGAAGACAAAGGAAAGGAAGGACCAAAAGAGAGCAAAACGGACGACAAGGCAUGCCUCAUCUUCCCAGCCAUGAAGAAGCGCGGGGUGGAGGGGGACAUGGAGAACCGGCCCUACAAGUGCACCCACUGCAACUGGGCAUUCACCAAGUCCAGCAACCUGGUGAGCCACAUCCGCACGCACAGCGGCCUGAAGCCACACGUGUGCGACCUGUGCGGGAAGGCCUACUCGCACCAGGGCACGCUGCAGCAGCACAAGCGUCUGCACACAGGCGAGAGGCCCUACCACUGCCCCUUCUGUGAGAAGACCUACAUCUGGUCCUCCGACUACCGCAAGCAUAUCCGCACGCACACCGGCGAGAAGCCAUACAUCUGCGAUGCCUGCGGCAAGGACUUUGUCCGAUCGUCAGACCUGCGCAAGCAUGAGCGCAACAUGCACGCGAACAACAAGCCCUUCCCCUGCGCCAAGUGCGGCAAGACCUUCAACAAGCCACUGUCGCUGCUGCGGCACGAGCGCACGCACCUGGGCAAGCGGCCCUUCGUCUGCCCCGAGUGCGGCAAGGCCUUCGCCAUGCCCAGCCGCAUGAUGGAGCACCGAAAGGUGCACAGCGGUGUCCGGCCAUACGUCUGCCACAUUUGUGGCAAGGCCUUUACCAAGUCCUCCAACCUGCUGGAGCACCAGUCCGUGCACAGUGGCUUCCGGCCACACAAGUGUGAUUCUUUUGUCUAAUCACUGGAUUGCAGUCCAGAGUCCUAUAAAGCAAGUCAGUUUGUUGAGAGAUUUUCCCCAUGUGAUUCCACACUCUCAGGAUUGUUUGAGGACCAACCGUCUUACCUACUGAGUCUCAGAUGUUAUCCUGCUGGUGGGAAAUACUCUCAGCACCUGCCUUAGUUGGACCCUGGCCAAGAGGUAGAUUUUUUGUAUUACUGUAUGACUGCGAGUGGAAUUGCGUGAAUAUCUGUCAGGCGUCAGAAUGCAAAAAGUUAUUUCAGCUGUCAGGAUGUGUUUUUAUUUUUUAUUCUCUCCGAUUGGAGUCUUGUUAAAAGCUGUUACCAAGUAUUUCUACUGAUAUGAAUGUCUGUCAUAUAGUUGUCUCCAGACCGCAGUGUGCUCACAACACUGUGACACUGUUACAAAUAUAACAGAAUGAACAGCUAAAAACGUUAAUGCCUCUACGCCUUUAUUUGCAUUUUGUCAAUUAUAAAGGCUUUUAAUGUAUACCGUAAAUCCUCAAAUUAUGGCCGGGAUUUGAUUUAUAUCCGGGACUCGGAUAAUAGCCGGGGUUGCGGUCGAUUCGGACAUACACACAAUUUUUGCCGCAAGGCAUUCCAGCCUACGAAUUUAAUAAAAAGGAAAUCAUACAUCAUUAAAAAAUAACUCAAUUUAGGCUACUUGGCUACGUAACAUAAGAUUUCCACACACAACGCACGUUCAUAGUGCAAUAAGCGGGUGGAAAUCCCAACACUUUUUCAACUACAUGAAACUUAAUAGUGAACCAUCAAAUACACCCCAGAUUUCAGUGUCCAUCAGUCCCAACAUUUAGCAAUAUAAUUAAACAGGCCAAAAGUCAAUUAAAUCCCAAACUAAUCCGAAAAUCUUCUGCUUUUGAUAGCCUGGUAGCCGCUCCAAAUGAAACGCAUGUCUCCCAAUACAACACCUUAACUUGCUGUUAUUGUUAUUGUUCAUGAAGGCGUGUCUGGCAAUUUGUUAUUUUAUGAGUAACCUUUUACUUUAUUUCUAAGAAUAAAAUUCUACAACAGAAGCCUAAUAAGAAACAAAGGCCUGCCUCGAAUACAAGCCUGCCCCAAAUAAAGACCUGUGCUUUGCACAGCCUAAGUAAAUAAAAGACCCCGGUCACAAUUUGAGGAUUUACGGUAGUCAUGGCAGUCAAACUUGUAUUUUAGUUGCAGAUGCAAAUGUUUAUGUUAUCUGCAAAGUUUAUUUGUAUACAUUAUACUGUUAAGUUGUGUCUUAUCGUUUCAGUGUAAAGUCUGAAACCUGUGCAUACAGUGGGAUCUUUCUCAUAUUGAGCAUUUUUUGAGACUUGGAUUAAGAUGUACAGUAUUUCUUAACAGAGCAAUAUGAUAUUUGCUCACAGAAUGUACUUGUCCUUGUAUCUUUAUGAGUGUUCAAACAGUUUGUGUGAUGCUAAGCAUAAUAAUUGCAUAGGCCAGUAAGUGCAAAUGCCAUUUCAUUUUAAUAUCUUGAGUUGUGUGAGAGAAAUAAAAA